UCCUUUAUGGAUGUAGUCACCCUACCAUCUGCAGACAAUCCCAUCAAACAAUAUGAGCUCUUCAAGAUCAACAAGACAGUGGAUGACUUAUACCAGUACUUGGAGGAGUUGAUGGCGGUAGUGGGACCCCUGAAUGACUCGCCAACCUCAAAGCAAUUGAGGUGGUACUUUGAUGGUAAGGAGGCAGUCGUGAAUCUACUUCAGAAAAUGGAGGAAAUCGACUCACUCAUUGCCGACCUUUUGGACGUGACAGGCCAUUUAGAGGACCCAAGCAUUGCAUCUCUAUUGCUUGCGAAACUUGAAGAUACAAGUAACCUCUUGGUGGAUAUCAAAAAACACGUAUCCACAUUGAGAAAGCACGUUAACUUUGCUGUAAGAUUCACAGAAAUUGAUAGGAUGGUUAUAAAGUCCUUGGAGGCCGAAAUAGAUCUGUGCAUGGUUUCCUUUUCUGGCCUUGCCGAGUGGAAAAUAUCGUCCAGCAAACCAGAAUAUGACCUAGAGAAUGUGAUCACCAAGAUGAGGAUUAAUGACUUAGCUUUUAAUACCUCUAAUGACUCCAUGAGGUCAAUGAGACUACCAACUUUUAACGACUUUGAUGACACUUUUUACGAUAAUUACUUAGCUCUUCUCCAAAGACUUGAGCCACUUUCUAUCUCACUUGGAAUUUUACCUUUUCAAAUAGAGGAAUUCAACAAAAUGUUAGGUACUUCCUUUCCUGAAGCUAGACUAGAUAUUAGCACGAAACACGACAACUUGGUUUCUAAGUGGGAAGCCAUGAACAAGGAAAUAUCAAUAUUAAAGCGGGACUGCUUGGACACAAAGUGGCACGAAUUGUUUGAGUUUUUGAUAAAUGAAAUUAACACUAAGUGUGAGUUAAUGAUCACUGGUACCCCCAAAAAUCAAUCUCCUAGGAUUUCACAGGAAUUAAAUAGCACAUACAAGUUGUGUUCCAAUGCAAUCACUCUCAUUGACAAAGCCUUCAAAGAAUCGAUUAUUUAUGAGAAACCAUUGGCAUCCAAGUUCAACGAUAUCCUACUUCCUAAGUGGCAGUCUGUUAACGAUGCAUUGGCCCUUCCAGUCAGAAGCAGAACACCAAGAUCUGUUUCUGCAUCCAGUACACCCAGAGCUGAAAAUCCUAGAAAUGAAGAAUGCAAUAACAGACCCAGUACACCUCCACAGAGGGAAAAAGUGGGGUUGGGACUUGACCUUGGACUUGAUAUUGAAACUACGGCAAUUCCAUUCAGUAUUCAGAAGAAGGAUAGAACCAAAAACCUAAGUAACAACUACAGGACGAAGAAAUUAAGAUACUCACUAGCAUUAACUAACACUCCCUUAUACGAAAAUGAGGAUGACGAUGAAUUGACAUUAGUUGUUAAGUCUCCAAACCUCAAGAUGGAUAUUGACUCAUUAAACUCCAGCAUUUCCAGACUAAAAGUCAAAAAGGAGGAUACUUUGGCUAGAGAAUUCAAUGCCCAGAGGUUCUUAAGUGACCUUUGCAAUAACUUACCGCAAAAGGCUAGUAGAAUACCAAUGAUACAAUCGGACUACAUUCAGAGUGGGUUGCGGGUACUCAAAAAGAAAUACUCCGAAAAGCCAAGUAUGCUUCCAACAAUUAGCCCUGAUCACCCAGUAUUUCAAUCACCUGAAAGGCAACAACUUAAAUCACCAUUGCAUACGAAGAGAGAAUCGAGACACCUCGGAUCGCCCUUACGGUCUCCUUCCACGUUCAAGCGGGCUCUUGAUAACGAAGAAGGCUUAUUGGGUGGCUUCCACAGAAACUAUCGGACAUCAAUAUCUCCAUCUUUACUGGAGAUGAAAGUUCCUAAGUUAACAUACGACAAGAAUUAUCAUAUAUCUGUGGAAAGGCCCUUUUCAUCCUUAGGGUCACGAUUUGAUGACCAUAACUUGGUG